GUGCAGGGUUUCUUCAGACGGAGUCAGCAGAACAACGCGUCCUACUCGUGUCCCCGCCAGAGGAACUGUCUCAUCGACAGAACAAACCGCAACCGCUGCCAACACUGCCGCCUGCAGAAGUGUCUCGCCCUGGGGAUGUCCAGAGACGCGGUGAAGUUCGGGCGCAUGUCGAAGAAGCAGCGCGACAGCCUGUACGCCGAGGUGCAGAAGCACCAGGCGCGGCUGCAGGAGCAGCGGCAGCAGCAGACCGGCGAGGCCGAGGCCCUGGCCCGGGUCUACUCCUCCAGCCUCUCCAACGGGCUGUCCACGCUCAACCACGAGAUCGGCGGCACCUACGCCAACGGACACGUCAUAGAGCUGCCCAAGGGCGGCAACGGGGCCGGGAUCCCGGGGGGGUACUACGGGAUGGACUCCACCCAGCCGUCUCCGGACCAGUCCGGGCUGGACAUGUCGGGCAUGAAGCACAUCAAGCAGGAGCCGGUCUACGACCUGACGCCGGUGCCGAACCUGUUCAGCUACGCAGGCUACCAGGACAGUCAGCUGGGGCCCAGCAACGUCAGCAUGGGGGAGCUGGACCGGAUCGCCCAGAACAUCAUCAAGUCUCACCUGGAGACGUGUCAGUACACGACGGAGGAGCUGCAGACGCUGGCCUGGCAGACGCACUGCUACGAGGAUGUCAAGAUGUACCAGAGCAAGCCGCGGGACGUCCUGUGGCAGCAGUGUGCGAUCCAGAUCACACACGCCAUCCAGUACGUGGUGGAGUUCGCCAAACGCAUCUCAGGCUUCAUGGAGCUGUGCCAGAACGACCAGAUCCUGCUGCUCAAGUCUG